CUCAACGAGUGAACCGGGGACUUUGGGAAACGUCUGGUGGUUUCCUGUCUCACUAAGAGGAUUGGAAAGCGAUCUAUUUCUGCCCCGUUUGCUCACUUUGCCGACGCCUGAUCGGUGUCGUGUCCCGGUCGAACAGCCCUGCAGUCUCCCUCUGCUGUGACUGAAACUGACAGGCCCCGAGGAGCUGGAGCAGAAAGAGGCUGGAAGAUGAGCACCGGAGCGGGCAUCGACUACAGCUCCUGGGAUCACAUCUAUGUGUCGGACGACGAAGAUGUCACCAGUCCGUUCGUCGACACGUCGAGCUUGUUCAGAAUGAGGCACCGGGUCAGCAGUAAACCUUGUGGUAGCCGUGAAGUUUGGAGUCGUAUACCUGGCCCGGUUGGAGAAAAUGGCUGAGUUUCAGCAGAGAGGGGAAGAUCUGGAGAACAACUUUGCUGAAUGCAAGAGAUUAUUAGAGGAAGCCCAAGGACGACUUAGAGAGCUUGAAGGAGGAAGGAAGGAGGGGGAGGAUGAGGAGAGAGAGGCUGAGCUGAAGAAAGUCCAGACUGAGGUGAGAAAACUGAAGAAGGAUGAAAAGUUAUUUGAGAAAAUGAUGGAAGAACACCAGCGAGAAGGAAAGAAAAUGCCCUGGGAUGUCGAUACUAUCAGCAAAGAAGGUUUCAGCAAGAGUGUGCUCAACGUCAAGCCUGUAACAAAGGAAGAGACAGAGAAGGAAAAGGUGGAGAAGCACAAGUUCUUUGUGGAGAAGUAUGCAAAGGAAAUCAGACAUUUUGGUAUGUUGCGGCGUUGGGACGACAGUCAGAAGUAUCUGUCAGACAACCCACACCUGGUGUGUGAAGAGACCGCUAACUGCCUUGUUGUCAUCUGUAUUGACUUUGAGAUAGAUGAGAAACAUGCACUGAUGGAGCAGGUGGCCCACCAGGCCAUUGUCAUGCAGUUCAUCUUGGAUUUGGCUCGGACACUGAAGGUCGACCCGAGAGGCUGCUUCAGACAGUUCUUCUCAAAGAUCAAGACUGCUGACAAGCCAUAUCAAGAUGCAUUCAGCCAUGAGCUGGAGUUGCUGAAGGAGCGGGUCCGCAGCUGCGCACAGAUUCGGAUGGAGAACACCAUGAAGGAGAUGGAGGAGGAGGAGAGGCAGAAGAGACUGGGCCCCGGUGGUUUAGACCCUGUAGAGGUCUAUGAGUCACUGCCAAAGGAAAUACAAAGGAGCUUUGACGAGAAGAACAUUCAGAUGCUACAGGAAGCUCUCAACAAACUGGACCCUGAGGAAGGAAAAUACUACCUGGAGAGGUGUAUUGACUCUGGAUUGUGGGUACCUGAUUCAGGAGAGGGUGAUGAUGAAGAGGAAAACGAUGAAGAGGAUGAGGAAGAGGGUUAAAAAUAGAAGAAGCUAAAUGAGCAGCAAAAGGCAGGGGAAAAAUGUUUCUGGUGACAUCACUUCCUUUCCUCCAUUUUGACCCACAUCAUCAUUUUAAGAAAACAUCGCUUUUUGUGUUCUGUGUAAUUUGUUUAUGGAAGCUGUGUUCGUAAAUAUGUCCAUUGAUUUGUCUUUGAUGGUAUUUGAAAGUAAUGUUUAAUGCAUGCAACAUAAUGUGCAUUGUUGUAGUAUGUUCUUGGUAAUAUUAAAUAUGUGCACAUCAAAAUGUCAAGAUGUAUAGAAAGAAAUGUUUGAAAGAUCAGUUGAGAAAACAGACGUUUUACUUUUUUCAUGGACCUGGUAAAACUGCCAACACGUCUGGUCUCAUGAUAUUAACACAGCUGCAAACAGGAUGAGAAACAGGUGCCAGUACAAACUCUGAGACACAGAAAAUUUUACAUGCCAUCACAGUCGCUUUCAGGUUGAGGAAUUCUUCUCUACUGCAGUCGUUCCUGCUGUUGUGCUAUUGCGGACGACAGCGCCAUCUCAUGUCUGCUUGAGGACUGACAGCCCAGAAAACACAUCAGUAGCCUGCAGAAUGAGCAGAGAUUGGUUAAAAAAAUGUUUCUGUUCCCCAGAUUAUUUAAUUUGUAAUCAGUGUUGGGCAAAAUCAAAUGGGCCUAAGAUGACAGGAUGUGAAAAUGUGAAUAUUAUCCGAUAUAGGCCAUUGUCAAGUGUUGUUGUUGUUUCCGACCAACAGUCCAGAAAUUGCUAUUAUAUAAAACAGAAAGCAGCAAAUCCUCACAUUUGUUAGUCGCAAUAGUGGCCAAUUAAUUUAAUUUUGCCGAUUAAAUCCAUGGGCUGAUCAGUUAGUUGAAAAAUAGUUUAAACUCUAAAAGUGAUUUUAAGAUGGAGAGCAGCUUUAUUUAUUAUAUUGUUUCACUGUUGCUGUUUUCAUAGUUUUUGUGUGAAGUUUUUAGAAGCAGAAUAUUUUAUUUUAUUUUAUUUUGUAUUUAUCUUUGUAGCUGUGACACUGUUUUUAGGUUGUGUUGUAGAACUUGCACAAUAAACCAGGCUAAACUUUUGCUGUUCACAAACAGUUUCUUUCCGGUUUACUAACUUUUGCUCUGGCUGCUCUGAAUCCUGACUUUCUGCCAUAAUUCUCUCUCCAUCUCUCUCUCUCUCUCUAUCCCUCUAUCACUUGCAUAAUUAAUUGCUGAGCCGCUCUCUCUGCCUCUCUCUCCUUCAUAAUUAAUCGGUAGGUUUGAUUUAGUGGUCUGUGCAGGAUUUUUUUUCGAGGCAAAGCUUCUUUGUGCAGUCACUUUUGUAAAUAGAAAACAAUUAGCGCAGGCGCAGGGCAUAAAUCAAAUCUGGAUAAUGCCUGCAAAAGUCGAUGGGAGAGUAACAGAAUAGCGUCACUGCUUCAUGCAGAGCUGCUUGUGUGUGGUUAUUUGUAUGUUGAGGGUCAGUUUUUAUCAGUGUCCUGCAGCAGUCAGGUU